AUGCGUGACAUUGAAGAUCCCAGCGAUAAUUCUACAGAUUUGCAAGAUACUUCAGGAAGCUCUUCUUUCUCCUCCUCAGAAACCAUUGAAGAAAGUGAAGAACUUAUCAGAGGUAAAUCAAACCGGGGUAGACCCAGAUACCAACCUGAACCCACCAAUAGAACAGCAGCAAUGCCAGAUCUACUCCGAGCUCUAGAAGCAGAAGUAGACAUUUCCCUUUCUACUCCUCUGACCAGUGAACCUCUCCAUCCCAUUGCUACAGUCAGUACUGUAGCCCCAGAUACUUCUUUAUCAGGCGGUCGUAUUAUGUUACCUCUAUCUCCAUUUCUCAAACCGCGUAUUCAUUUUCCCAUCUCUCCCCCAGACGCACUUUCUCCAGAUGCUGCCCUUCAUGCUCGAAUCACCAACUACCAGUACAUUAACAAAGGCUUGGCUGCCACCAUCCAGUACCAACUCUACCUUAAUAAUCUUCUUAUGAUGAACAAAAUGGCUGUACCCCAUCCCACCACUACUCCUCCCACUCCUGCUACCACAACGGCCCCGGCUUCACCGGCACCUAGUUCAGUCCUUGGGACACCUAUUAGUACAACUAUUGGUAUGGAUGGUCCCGGUGAUGUCCGUCGUCGGCCUAGACGUAGGACGGCUGCUCGACCUGCCCCAGAAUCUUCUGAUGAAUCUUCAGCAGCCGAGUCAGAAUCAGAUUCUUUACUUGACUCGCCUGAUGAUCCAGUGGAGAAGAUCUUAAGCCAUCGAUCAGAAGAUGAUCAUUUUUACGUUAAAUACCGUGGUAAGUCGUAUCUGCACUGUGAUUGGGUGCCUCGUUUGGCCUUAACUGAGACUAAAACAGGCGAGUUAAGACUAAGAAGGUUCUUAAGACAGGAGAAGGCCGAGCCAGAACCUGGUGCCCCUUUAUUUGAUCCGGCUUUAGUUGAAGUAGAACGAGUGAUUGCGGAAGAGGAAGAAGUUAUUCAUACGGACCCUGGCUUACCUACUCCCGGUUCAACCGAUCCACCUGUUCCCAAUACGACUACCCGUAAGAUUUACUUGAUUAAGUGGGCUAAGUUUCCCUAUGAAUCGGCUACGUUUGAGUACUACGACCAUGUCUCAGACUGUGAAGGGUUUGAAACUGCCCAUGGAGAGUUUGUAGCCCGACGAACGGCCGCAGGACUACCGGCUAAUCCUCUGGCCUGGCGGCCUUCACGUGAUCGUUUACUAGUGGCUUCACCGGUCGGUCGGCAACUCCGGCCCUACCAACAAGAAGGAGUAGCCUGGCUAGUGAACAAAUGGCUAUUCCGGCAAUCAUGUAUCUUAGCUGAUGAAAUGGGUCUGGGUAAAACAGUGCAAUCAGCUACGUUCUUAGAAACAGUAGUGGCUCGAGCGGGUACACGUCGUCCCGCUUUAAUUGUAGCUCCUCUUUCUACUUUACCGCACUGGGAACGUGAACUAGCUGCCUGGACUUCUUUAAGAGUUUUAACUUACCAUGGAUCGGCUGCUGCUCGUGAGAUAAUUGCUGAUUUUGAAAUGCGCCGGAAUGAUGGAGCUUUGCUUUUUGAUGUUUUACUGACUACUUAUGAGAUGGCCAUUGCCGGAACUGAUACUUUAGCGCAAAUAGCUUUUGGAGUAGCUGUUCUAGAUGAAGCCCAUCGUUUAAAGAACAGUAAGUCAAAAGCAGCUGCUACUUUACGAGCUAUUGAAAUAGACCAUAAGGUUCUUCUUUCCGGUACACCUUUACAGAACAACUUAGGCGAGUUAUGGAGUCUGUUGAACUUUAUUGAUCCUUUACGUUUCCCUUCCCUACGUACUUUCUUGAGUACGCAUAAGAUGGAGGAAGUAGGAGAUGUCGAACGCAUUCAGAAUCUUUUGAAGCCUUUAAUGCUAAGAAGAAUGAAAGAUGACGUAGAAUCUAUUCCUGGGAAGGAAGAGACUAUUGUUGAGGUAGAACUAACUAUGAUUCAGAAGAGGUUCUAUCGAGCUAUUCUGGAGAAGAACAUGGAGUUUUUAGGAGCGGGUUCUUCAGCUCCUAAUUUACUUAAUAUCAUGAUGGAGUUGCGUAAGUGUUGUAUUCAUCCCUAUCUUAUCUCUGGAGCUGAAACUCAAAUCUUACUGGAAAAUGGAGCAGCUGAAGGAGAUACAGAUGCUUACUUCCGGGUUAUGGUUAAUGCUUCGGGUAAGUUAGUCUUCCUGGAUAAGUUACUGAAGAAACUAGCUGGAUCGCAUAAGGUCCUGGUCUUCUCACAGAUGACCAAGUGUUUAGACUUAGUAGCUGAGUACUUAGCCUGGGCCGGUUAUGCUUUUGAACGGAUUGAUGGUACGGUUCGUGGUGAUGUAAGACAAGCGGCUAUUGAUCGGUUUAGUAGUGAUCCUGAUUCUUUUGUUUUCCUUUUAUGUACCCGGGCGGGUGGUGUUGGUAUUAACUUAACUGCCGCUGAUACAGUGAUUAUUUUUGAUUCUGAUUGGAAUCCUCAAAAUGACUUACAGGCCCAGGCUAGAUGCCAUCGAAUUGGUCAAACAGUUCCAGUUAAGAUUUACAGACUUGUUACUCGGAAUACUUAUGAACGCGAAAUGUUUGAUCGGGCCAGUAUGAAACUAGGUCUUGAUCGGGCUGUUCUACAUCGGGAACGCGAGCGAGAAACGCCUAGUGGACGUAAAGGCCGGGUUGAAUCUCUACUGAAAAAAGGAGCUUACGGUGUUCUCAUGGAAGCCGAUGAGGUCAAUGAACAGUUCUGUAAUGAAGAUAUUGAUGCAAUUCUAGAGGGAAGAACUCGAGUUGUACGUACGGCCGAUCAAAGUGGGAAUAUUUUCAGUAAAGCAUCCUUCCAAGUAGCCGAAGAGAUUGAUGAUCCUGAUUUCUGGGAAAACUUACUAGUUAAACGGCAAGCGGCAGCCGCCGAAGCUACUUUACGCCGAUUACUGCGUAAGAUGGGUAAGGCUAGUUUGAUGAAUGAAGCUGACGUACUUGCCCGGGUAGGAGCUGGUGGAGCUCUGGAGAUGGAGUUAAGAGGGACUUUACCCGAUCGUGAUGAAGCAGCUCGGAUUAUUCGAGUGGCACUUGGGGCUAUGCCUAAUGGAGGCGCAGGCGCCUCAGUGGGACUAGAAUGGGCCGGUGCCCCAGAAGUAGGCGAACUACCGGCUGAAGUAGAUCCCGGGCGCUUACUCUUCCGGGCGAGUGUCUUAGCCGUAUUCAAAGGGUACGAAGAGAACCGAGGAGCAACUGAGAUUGAAUGGAAGGGCUGGUCAGUGGAUGAUGAUGAUGCUUUAGUGGCACAAGUCCGGGCUAAUGGCUAUGGCGUGUACGACUGGGGAGUUAAACGAUCGGGUGGUCGAGCGGGUGCAUUAUACCGUGGACGUACGGCCGAUGAACUUAAUGCACGUGUGCGGAAGCUUUUAGCGGCUUCUAGUCGGCGUUCUGAGUCUGAAGAAGCAAGUGGUAGUGUGGCUGCAGCGAUUGAAGCUUUUGGCCGGCCUACUGCUGCUAAUCGGGAAGCACUAGUACGGACGUAUCGAGGACGGAAUAUCAUAACGGAAAUGACAAGUAUGAUAGGCACGAUUGAGGAGAACAUGAAGAGAAGGCAAUCACGAAGAUCAGGAUUUGAUUCGGAGUUGGCUAAAGUCUUAACUACUCGGGUGGCUUUAUUCGAUCGGCUAGCGAGUGGAACUGUACCUUCUUUGCGGAAGAGUGCUGGUUUACCGCGGGGUUGGGGUCGAGCUCGUGAUGAAGAGUUAGUGGAGGCUUUACUAGCUGGAGGUCUGACUAAAGAGGCAGUUGAUGGUCUGGGGAUAAGUGAAGAAGUUGCCUUACGACGGGCGGAAGCUUUAGCACGGAACAUGUCCAUUCGUGUGGAAGAGCCUGAAACUACAGCUUCAGAUAGUUAA